UUGCAUAUAGUCUCCAGUCUGGGUGUAGACGCUGAGGCAAGACCCUGCAGUACUCACUCUUUUUUUUCAGCUCCACUUGAUUCUCUUUAUCUGCAAAGAUGGUGAAAGGUAUGAUCGUUAAGGAUAUGUCCUUCAAAGUCGGACAAACCCUGACUAUCGUUGGAGUAGCAAAACCUGAUGCUACAGACUUUGCUGUCAAUAUUGGCCCCGAUGAGCAGGACAUCACGUUGCACAUUAACCCUCGUUUUAACGCCCACGGAGACGAGAACGCAGUCAUCUGCAACUCCUACGAAGGGGGCAACUGGUGUGAAGAGGUCCGUGAGGGAGGCUUUCCUUUUCAGCAAGGAGAAGAGUUCAAGAUCAUCAUUGAAUUCACUCCUGCUGAGUUUGUCGUGACCUUAUCAGAUGGCUCUACAAUCCACUUUGCCAACCGCAUGGGUGCAGAGAAGUACUCAGUCAUCAGCUUUGAAGGAGAGGCUCGCAUCCGCAGCAUCGAAAUCAAGUAAACCUCCAUGUUCUGAAGAGUAUCUGAACUGGCAGUUAGAUACCACAUGUGCCGCUUGCUUUCAAAAUUCUCCAAACAUUUGUUUCCAGAUUUUGAUAUUCAGCAAAUUCAUGCCCAGGUUUAGGCUUGUUUAGACUAGAUGCAUUCACAAAUAAAAAUAAAGGUGGAUAGAUAGCACCUGUAUAGAGUAAGAAUCCUCGGAUGUGCAGAGAAAAAUAUGCAUACUAUGAGUUUUGUGACUGGAACAACUUUUGUUUUUGCAAAUUUAACAAAUGACCAAAGACCUAAAAAACAUUGAUAUGUUUUAUAGUGUUAAUAAGGUUUUGAGUUUGUCAAAUUGUCCAAACAUAAUUACACACAUAUGCACACUUGUUCUUGUUUUUGCUUAUGGAUCUACCAUUUUUCUUUGACAUUCCACUGGAAUUACAAUGUUUACCUGUAACAACAUCUGUUAAAAAUGAUCAACAUAAAUAAGCACUUCAGACAUGUCAAAAGUUUUUUUUUUUUUUCCUUGCCCAAUAAAAUCUGAGUAUUUGUGAAAAAGCA